AGUGACUACAGUUAUAUAUCUGUUUGAACUAGCUAGUUAGCUAACAAAUGUAAACAUUUCGAAGGCAAUACGUUUCAGUCAAAAAGCAUUCUGCAAUGGAUGUACAUCCUUCCAAGGAAAGUGCGCUUUUGGAGUGGAUAAACAGCUUGCACCUAGGCGAGCCCGUGGAAAGAAUGGCACAACUCCAGGACGGAUGCCUUCUAUUAAAACUUGUUUAUAAACUGAAGGGGGAGGAGCCCAACCAGGCUCCUGUUCACCUGCCUCCAACAGAGAGGCUAUCAAUCGUCUCAGACUUUGUCUUCACUGUAUGCCAGCAGUGUACUCCUUUGUCAUGGGACAACACCUCUACAGGAAAGAAAUUGGAUUUGGAGCUGGCCAAGGUUGUCCUUCUGCUGUGCUACUAUGGAUUUAUUAACAGAGGAAUGGUGCCCAGCAUGGAGUAUAAAACUUGGAUGCAGAUCGUGGCCAUGUUUCGUUAUGUAAAGGAUGGAGCGAACAGCUUGUCUCUGUGCGAUGGGCUGGACAAAAUUCUGACCAUGAGCUCCCUUAUAAACUGCCCCUCCAGCAGUAGCGUCUCAUCUCUCAGUGAUGGCUCACCCAUUUUUACGAGAUCAGGCAGUUCUCCAUGUGUUUCCUUCCUGGAGCUCAGCACUGUGGCCUCUAGCUCUUUUGUUGACUCUCCAAGUCAAGAGAUCAUGAACACACCACAGAUGCAGCUGAGGAGACUUCGCAAGGAGCUUGCAAAUGAGGGUGACCUCAGGGAUGAGCUGGAACGGGAACUGUCAGAGCAUACCAUCGCCUUAUCAGAGAAGGAGGGUCAGCUCUCUCAGCUGCAGCAUAGGCUUCAUUGUUUGCUGAGGGACCGGGAGGAGCUGGAGAAGGACCACAAGGCUACACUAAUGGAGCUGCAGGAGAAGAAUGAAGGACUGCUCAAACGAGUUCAUGAGGUCUUGAAGCAAUGCAAAGACCUGAAAACAGACAAUAGCCAAAAAGAAAAAAGAAUUGAUGAACUAACAGAGGAGAAUGGAACACUUGCUGCACAGGUACGAAGUACCUUUGCCCAGCUUGCAAGUGCUGAGGAAGAGAUAGCUAAAUUAACAGAAAUCCAUGAGUUUUCUCAGGCAGAGUGGGGGAGCAAGAGGGAUGCUUUGCAGAAGGAGCUGAGCCAAGCCCUUGUUGACAGGGAAUGCCUUAGUGAGAAAAUUCAGAUCCUUCAAGGGAAGAUCUCUGUUUUGGAGGAUGAGCUUUCCAAAGUCUCUGUCCAACAACAAGAGAAAGGUGAAGUACUUGGACCCAUAGUGGAGCAGGAGAAGCUGAAGCAGGAUCUGGCAGACCUCACACUAAAGCAUUCCCAACUUGAAGAAAACAUUUCUCGCCUUAAGAGGGAAAAGCUGGACAUUGAGCUAUUGCUGUCAGAAGAGAGGCUUUCUUUUGAAAAGGAAACUUUGCGAAUGGAAAGACAAAUUUCAGAUCUCCAAGAGGCAGUGAACAGCAUACGAGCAGAAAGGGAGGCUCAGGAGGAAGUAUCGAGGGAAAACCAGCAAAUUCUUACUGCCCGAAUUUCAUCUUUAGAAAAUGAUCUGGCUCAUCUCCAACAGCUGGAAGUCCAGCUCACGGCAGAAAUUGCUAUCUCUGCAGAACUCCGAAAGCAGCGAGAGAAACUGGAGGCACAGGUAGCAUCUUUAGAGGACUUGGUCAAUGGGCUACAAAUCAAAUGCCAAGGAAUGGGGUCAGAGAAUGAGGCACAACAAGAGGCUCUCACUGCUGUCAGGGCUGACCUGCGGAUUGCCCAAGUCUCACUUGUGGAAUAUGAAAUGAAGUUGGCAGACCAUCAAAAAGUGGUAGAAGAGAACUCCUCUCUCCAUACCAGAAUUUCUGCACUGGAUGACACCAUUGUCCUUUUUCAAAAUGAAGUUGAGAGAGAGAGAAAAAGAGGUGAGGAAGUUCUUGUUGCAAAGGAUCAGCAUACAGCUCUGUUGGAAGAAAGGUUUCAAGAACAGGAGAAAAAGGCUCAUGAAAUGUUUGCAGAACUGGAGACACUGAGUCAGGAACUCCGUAAAAUGAAGCAACAGAAGCACCAUGCUGAAACAUGUAUGGAGAAGUUUGCCCAGGAAGGAAGAGCGCUAGCAGCCAGUCUCUCAGAGCAGCAAGAGCUUGCCCAGUCACAACUGGAGCUAGUAAAGAAAGCCAAAGAUGAAUCUGAGGAGGAACUUCAACGUAUCAUUACAGAGCAUCAGACCAAGAUAUCGGAGUUGCAUUGUGAGAUUAAGGGAAACAUUGAGUCACUAAUGCAAAGGGAGUGUGAACUGUGUGUCUUGAAAGAAAAAGCAUCUUCCAAGGAUAAAGAACUUGUAGACCAGCAGCAGAAACUAGCCCACCUUCAAUGUGAGGCAGAAAAUCUUCAAAAGCAGUUGGUGGAACAAGAAGGCCAUUCUCAGCAGCUGAGUCAGAUUGUGGUUUCCAAAGACAUGGAAAUUCAACAACUGAAGGCAGAUCUUAAGAUGAAGGAAGGGGAGAUCCAGUCCCUGAAGGCCAGCAUUCAGUCCAUUCAAGCAAAGUCCAGUGAAAUGCACAAUCUUCACCAGAGAGAAGUUGAGGAUCAGAGACUUGUUAUCUCUGAAUUGAAGUUCCAGCUCUCUGAUGCUGAGAGACUUGCCUCUGAAAAAGUCAAAGCUCUGGAUGAUCUUGCCCAGCAUUUGAACAGUUUGAAGGAAGAGCUUUCCAUCGAAAGACAGAAAGCUGCUACUAUGGAGAAUAAUUUUGAGACUUUAAAAGAAGCCCAUGAAGCCCAGCAGCAGUCUUUGAAACUGGAGGUGGCACAACUCCAGCAGGAGAUUAACGGAAAUCUGAAGAACUUGGAAAAGUUUCUGGAGGAGGUAAAAUCUCUCAAACAGGAAUUAGAUUGUCAACAGAACAUUACUCUAGAGAAAGAAAAAGAGGCUUCUAUUUUAGAAGACAAACAUAAAGCUCUGGAAGAAAACUUUACACAGCUUCAGAAUAAACUAACAGAAGCUACAAUACUUGCCAAAGAAAGGCAGUCUGACUUGCUUUUACUUCGUGAAGAUAUGGCGCAACAAGAGAAUUGCAGAGCAAAAGCGCAAGAAAUUGAGGAUAUUCAACGGAAAAAACUUGAAAAAGAGGUGACUGAACUACAAAAUCAGGUUCAAGAUCUUAAAGAUAUUGCAUCCAAGAAAGAAACUCUGCUUUGUUCUCUUAAUGAAAAGAUGAAAGAACAACAAGAAAUGAACCAGAAACUCCUCCAACAGUCUGAAGAAGCUCUCCACAGAGAACUUGAGAAGACUGUGGAGCUAACGGGGAAACUAGAUUCUGCUACACAUCAGGUUGUGGCCAAAAAUGAUGUCCUGAAGUCAAUGCAGGAGAAAAUGAAACAGAUGGCGCUCUUGUGCCAACAGAAAGAGACCUUUGCUAAUGAAGCUUGUCAGGCCAAGGAGACUUUGGAGAGAACAGUUACUGAGCUUUGCACCAAACAGAAGCAAGAGUUGGAUCAGUAUGUGCAAAAACUGGACACCUUGAAGAAUGAGAAGGAGCAUCUCUUCAUAUUGAACCAGUCCCUCCAGAGUGAUCGUCGGAACAUGCAGGCUGAUCUGCUGAAGAUGCAAGAGGAUUACCAGCAAGAAUUAAAGGAGAAGGAGGAGCAUCUCCAGACCCUCCAGAGUAAGUGCCUGAACUUACAAGCAGAAAACCAAGGGCAACAUGAUGCUUUUAAUACUUUAAGGACUGACUUGCAGAAUACUCUUGAUCAGCAUCAGAAAGAGGUGGAGACCUUGCAGAAAGAGAAGGAACAUCUGUCCUUGGAGCACCAUUGCCUUCAGAAUGACUAUCAGAGCUUGCAGGAAAAGAACAAGGAGCAAAAUGAGACACUAAAUCUCCUUAAGGGUGAUCUGCAGAACAACCAAGAGAGAUAUCAGCAAGACCUGGAGACCUUGAUGAAGGAAAAGGAGGAUCUUACUACAGUGAGUCAGUCCUUCCAGAAUGAGUGUCAAAGCUUGCAAGCAAAAAUCAAUGAGCAUCAGGAUACAGUAAGCACACUCAAGGAUGACUUGCAGAACACUCAAACCGAGUUUCAGAAAGAUUUGAGGAUCUUGCAGGAAGAGAGAGAACAUCUAUGUUCAACUAACCAGUCUCUCCAGAGUGAGUGCCAAAGCUUACUGACUGAGAACAAGGAGCAGCAGCAAGCUCUGGAUGCAAUAAAGUUUGACCUGCAGAACACCAAUAAUCAGCAUCAGAAAGAGGUUGAAACCCUGCAGAAGGAGAAGGAGCAUCUCUCAUCAACAUGCCUGUCUCUUCAGAAUGAGUGCCACGGUUUGCAGGAAAAGAACAAGGAACAACAUGAAAUACUGACUACAUUCAAGGUGGACCUGCAGAAUGUACAAGAAGGACACCAGCAAGAGCUAGAGACCUUUCAAAAAGAGAGAGAACAUUUAUUUUCAGUUAAUCAGUCCCUCCAGAAUGAGUUUCAGAGCUUGCAGGCAGAGAGCAAGGGACAACAGGAUGCUUUAACUGCCCUAAAAGCUCACUUGCAGAACACCCAAGAGGGCUACCAACAACAGCUGGAGAUGCUGAAAAAUGAAAAGGGACAUCUCUCUUCAGUUAACCAGUCCCUCCAGAGUGAGUUCCAGAGCUUGCAGACUGAGAAAGAUUCCUGCUGCCUCUCAAUUAGUGCCCUAAAAUCUGAUCUGCAGAACUCUCUGGAUCAGCAUCAGAAAGAGAUUGAGACCUUGCAAAAGGAGAAGGAGCAUCUCACUGCAGUAAAUCAGUCUCUACUUGAAGGUUAUGAGGCAGCGCAGAAGCUUUCAGCAGAGUUAGGCAAAGUGAAAAAAGCAGCACAACAACGAGAAAAAGAGCUUGAAAACCAAGCUGAGGAACUUCAGGUGAAGAUUAAGGAAGUUUUAAUACUAGCCGCUAAAAGAGAGUCUGAUGUAGAAAAUCUUCAACAAGAAAUAAGGCAACAGGAAGCCUUAAGAAUGAGCACCCAAGAGUCUGAAAAGUCUCUAAGAACUCAGCUGGAGACAAAAGUUGCUUAUCUUCAGGUACAGGUGGAAAAAGCCUCUGAACUUUCUUCUGAGAGAAAAUCUGAGAUGAACAUGCUGCGUAGUGAGAUUGAGGAGUGUGAGAGGCAGAAACGAGAAGCUUGUCAAGCUAAGGAGGUCUUGGAGAGAGCAGUUACAGAGCUUCAGAUCAAGCAAAAACAAGAGCAGGAUGGGUACAAUCAAGAACUUGACGCUUUGAAAAAGGGAAAGGAUCUCAUGACCGCCAUAAACCAAUCCCUCCAGAAAAAGUGCCAGAGCCUCCAGGAAGAGAGCAAGGUACAACAGGAGGCUCUGUAUGACUUGCAGAAUGCAAGGAAAGAGCUACAACAGGAAAUGGAAACUUUGAAGAAGGAGAAUGAGCGUUUUUUUUCCUUGAACCAGUCCCUUCAGAGGGAGUGUGAUGCCUCCCAGAAAAUUGGAACAGAGUUGGAGAUGAAGCUUGAGGAGCGAAUUGAAUUAAUUCAUGCUCUUAAAGAGGCAUCCAAAGAAGGUGCUAAAGGGAACCAAGAGCUACAGGAACAGCUAAAGCUGAAGUCUGAGGUAGUCGAGCACUACAAGGCACAGGUGGAGAAGGCUAAAAUACACUACAGUGAUAAAAAGCAAAAGCUGGUGGAAGAGCAGGAUGCACGUCAGGCCCUGCAGGCCGCUUUAGAGGCCAGCAAGAGUGAGGUUAAUGCCCUGAAAGCUGAACUGAAACUGGCCUCUAUGGAGCUGGACAAUGUCAAGACGUCAGAGAAGGGUUUGAUGACCAAGGUUAAGAGCCUGGAGGCCCAGGUGAAUUAUGCAGACCGUCAAUUAAGGGAGCAGAAGAAACAGGCAGAUCAGAGUGCACAGGUGAGACACAGAGAAAGUGCCCCUCAGAUGAAUGUUCCAAAGGAGGUGCAAAAUGACAGUACAGACAGCCUGGAUCUUGACCUCAAUGAUUCACUGAAUACUACCAGUAAGCCGUCGGUUCCGGGUGAGUCCAGCACUCCACUGGUGCGCAGUUCUGAGCGCUUGGCAGCAAAGCUCCGGGCUCAAGAUAAAGGCUCUCUGGAAACCCUCUACUUCACCCCCAUGAACCCUCGUGGCAGGAAGCACCAUGACACCAAGCACCAGUGCAAACUGGAAAGCAGCAUCACAUCUCUGGGUGACCUUACACUUGACUCUGCAAAGAAGCCUGCCUCUUCAGUCAAAAGACGCUACACCACACAGGUCAUCAAUAUCACCAUGACGAAGAAGUCCCCUGGUGGUGGGGUGAGGGAAGCAGAUGAGUCCUUCUACAGCCUCCAUUCCACCCAGUCCCAGCCCAACUUGGCCUCCCAAAAAACCCGCCCUGUCUCCAUGGAGAUCUUGCAGCAGCCCAACACGGCAACCCCCAGUGACCAACUCCUCAGCCUUCCUGGAUACCGCCGAAGCAACGUACAUGGCAAUCCUCCCCCAAGGGCCACAAGCACAUUUUGUGUGGGAACGGAGAAUGAACCAGACCAUGUACCAGAUGACUGGAUGCGCAUUGCAGAGCUACAGUCACGUAACAAGGCCUGCCUACCACACCUCAAGAGCAGCUACCCUCUGGAGUCCCGGCCCAGCUUGGGGUAUUCCUGUCUCCCCAUCACCGAUGAGGACGUUCGCACUGGUGAUCCUGAUGACACUAUCCGUCGCGCCUCCAUGAUCCCGGGGCAGCUGAUGGAUUCUCUCUCCUCGCACCGGCUCUCCCUGGCUGCGCCCAUGGCCCCUCGAGAUCACGCUCCCUCCCAGCCCCAGCGCUACAGCAUGCUCCCGGGUCAGAUCAGUGCCAGCACAGCAGCCCAGCGUGCAGCACAGCUGGGCAGAGGCGGUGUUCAGACACGCGAAGCGCGCUCUGCACGCAGCCCACUGGCCCCCAAACGCCCUGCUGGGCAGCUGCAGGACUCUGAUACCCCUGAGGCUAAGAAGCUAGCAAGCUGCUUCCCUCGGCCUGCAACGCCCAAGGGUAGGAACCUUCGCUCCACGUCCAACAAUUCUGAGAACAUCCCAGCCUCUUCAUCUGAUCGCAGGCAGUCCAUGGCGUUUGUGAUUGAUAACACCCCUAAGAAAUCUGGUCGAGGUGACAGCAGGCUACAGAGGGGCAUCAACAAACUCCGCAGCAGUACCCGCAAGUCCCCCGCCUCCGGCAUCCGCCUAGCAAGAGCUGGCACCCGUGCCACAAACGGCAGGUCCCCCCUAGUGAGCCGCCCGCAGGCCAAAUCUCCCCGCGUCGCCAGCACGAAGUCACCAAAGAUCCCCACCAGCACAAAAAAGUUGAUGAAAUUCAGGAUGAAGAUGUGACUUGAUCUUCUGACAUAUAUUAAAUAAUGUGCAAUAUAAACAUCCAUGUUAAUGUUUGUACUUUUGGGGAUUAGGAAUAUUUAGUGUCCUCCCCACCUUCACUUAUUUUGAUGAUUUUAUAAAUAUUGUUUUUGGAAUUUGAUUUUAAAGUUUAAUUUGGUUGUAAACAAUUUUAUAAAUGUGUACAACAGUUUGUGUGCAUCUCUUGUGCCUCUGUAUUUUACUUUUGUUUAUCCUCCAGUGUUUUCAAACUCUGCCUCAAUUUUCUAUAUUCCCUUAUUUUACAGAUGAAUAUUUUAUCUUGUUCACUGAAAUUAAACUUUACAAAAAAGUCAUUUAAUGUUUAGCAUUCUUCAUUGUUUUUUGGGAUGCUUGAAUGAUUUAGUGAGUUUGUCAUGUUGCAACUCUUGCAGGUUGUGAAAAAUGUAAAAUGUCCUUUUAAAGAAAUUUCCCUUCAAUGAAGCCUGGAAAUACUUCCUAUUUUGGGAUUUUAUUCUCUGAACUGUGACCAAGUGCAAUAAA